AUGAAGGCCACGCCUCUCAUCAUCAAUUGGCACGAUCAAAAUGCCCCCGUCUACUCUGCCCACUUCGAGCCCGGUGGCAAGGGCCGCCUCGCCACGGCGGGCGGAGACAAUCACGUCCGCCUCUGGAAAGUGGACUGUGACGGCCCUGACCGCAAGGUCGACUAUCUCUCCACCCUCUCCAAGCACAACCAGGCCGUCAAUGUCGUCCGCUGGGCGCCAAAAGGUACGCCGUCCGAGCCGUCCCCCUCCGUGCUCGUCCGUCCUCGAGACUCUGUCGAUGCUGACGGUGACCGCACCACGCUAGGCGAAACGCUCGCCUCGGCCGGCGACGACGGCAACGUCAUCCUCUGGGUUCCCAGCGAGAUGGCUUCCGCCGCCUUUGGGUCCGAUGCCCAGGACGACAAGGAGGCUUGGAGGGUGAAGCACAUGUGUCGUUCCAGCGGCGCCGAAAUUUACGACUUGGCCUGGUCCCCCGACGCCGUCUACUUCAUCAUCGGCAGCAUGGACAACAUUGCCCGCAUUUACAGCGCCAACACCGGUCAGCAGGAAUGCCCGCCUCGCCUCGCCGAUCGUGCUGACAGCUCCGUCGCAGGUACCCUUGUUCGACAGAUCGCGGAGCAUAGCCACUACGUCCAAGGCGUCGCCUGGGAUCCGCUAAACGAGUUCAUCGCCACCCAGUCCUCGGAUCGAUCGGUUCACAUAUACUCGCUCAAGACCAAGGAUGGCCAGUACACGCUGAGCCAGGACGACAAACCUCCGAGGCUGGCCAGCCAUACCAAGGCAGACCUUCCUCCUCGACGCAUCUCCUCCAGCAGCCCGGCGCCCCCGGACUUUGGCCAUCGCGCCCAGCUCUCGGUGGUGGACUCGAACGCCUCGGUCGGCUCCCCCGCCCCUUCGGCCCCGGGCACCCCAACCUCAUCCGCCUUGCCGAUGCAGCCGCCAAGCGUCGUCAGCCACAGCCGUCGGUCGUCCUUUUCCUCUCGCCGCUCCGCCUCGCCCGCGCCGUCGAUGCCGCUCCCGGCCGUCAUGCCGAUGGAGGCCUCGCCGAAGCCUCAUUCGGUCGCCGCGAGCCUUGGCUUGAGCGUCAAGAACGCCAGUCUCUACGCCAACGAGACUCUGACCUCCUUCUUCCGCCGCCUCACCUUCACCCCCGACGGCAGCCUGCUCCUCACGCCGUCGGGCCAGUAUCAGACGCAGCAUCAGACGGACAAGGAAGCCAAGCCAACCUUUGAGGUCAUCAACACCGUCUACAUUUACACCCGUGGCGGCAUCAACAAGCCACCCGUCGCUCAUCUCCCCGGCCACAAGAAGCCGUCCGUCGUCGUCAAGUGUUCGCCUGUCAUCUAUACCCUUCGUCAAUCGUCGCCGUCCACAAAGCACAUCACCAUCGACACCUCCUCGUCGGAGGAACCGCUCGCCUCCCUACCGGAUCCCAUCUCCAAACCAGCCUCGGCGACGUCGGUGAUGGAUCCCCCGCCGCCGCCAGCAAACGUCGCCUCGGAUUCCGCCUCGAAUUCGUCGAAGCCCUCGGAGAUGGACGCUUCCACGCCGGGGCCUAAGCCUGCAUUUUCGUUGCCGUACCGGAUGGUCUACGCCGUCGCCACGCAGGAUACCGUUCUCUUGUACGACACGCAGCAAAAAUCCCCCAUCUGCAUCGUCAGCAACCUGCAUUGCGCGACAUUUACCGACCUCGCUUGGGCGAGCGACGGCCUCACCCUCGUCGUCUCCUCUUCCGACGGCUUCUGCUCGACCCUGUCUUUUGCCGCCGGUGAGCUGGGCGAGGUGUACAAGGGAGAAACGGGACCGCCAAAGAGUCUGGUGGCGGCCGGUGCGACGAUGGGAACGUCGAGCCAGAACACGCCGGCACCGACGCCGACGGGCAGCUUUGCACCCCCGUCACCUUUCCGCAACGGCUCGCAUCAUCAGCACCGAAACUCGGCCGGCUCCUUCACGGCUCCGUCGCCGCCUGCGACAGCUUCCGUUGCCGCACAGCGUCCCUCGUCGCCGACGAGAUCGAACUCGACGUCGUCGGUUGCGACGCAGUCGUCGUCGGUCCCUACCGGCGUCGUGACGAACCCCUCCCUCAUCGUGGGCAACCUCCCGACGCUCACGGCGGGGAGCGGCAAGGCGGGCGGCGUCCCGAUGACGACACCGCCGGAGACGCCUCGGAGCGCGGCUGGCAGCGUCGUCGGCACGAAGAGGGACACGGCCGAGAGUGAAAGGGAAGAGGGCAAGGAGCCGAAGAAGAGGCGAGUCGCGCCAACACCCGUCGAGUCGAAUAAAGGCUAG